AUGGGUGAUGAUGAUAGUCUUUUCUUCGUAGACAACAUAGUGGAUGUGUUGUCAAAAUACGACCACACGGAAAAACGUUACAUCGGAAUGUUUUCGGAGUCGACAAAAUCAAAUUUUCGUUUAGCAUUUGAAAUGGCAUACGGAGGAGGAGGAUAUGCUCUAAGUUAUCCUAUGGUCGAGGCUUUGGUGGCAAAACUAGAUGAAUGUAUUGAAAAGUAUCAUUUCAUUUGGGCAGGAGAUACGUUACAGAGUUAUUGCUUGGCUGAUCUUGGUGCUGAUCUUAUCCCAGAGAAAGGAUUUCAUCAGAUGGAUCUACGAGGUGACUUGUCGGGUUUGCUCUCGUCACACCCAACGGCUCCUCUUCUCAGCCUCCACCACUUCGGGGCCUUAGCACCACUUUUCCCUGGCAUGGACCGUCACGGCUCAGUCCUUCAAAUUAUGAAAGCGGCUAACGUGGACCAAUCACGGAUGCUACAACAGUCGGUAUGUUACGUUAGAGCCAGAAACUGGACCUUCUCGGUCUCGUGGGGAUACUCUGCUCAUGUCUAUGAGAAUAUAUUCCCACGAAGCUACUUGAAGCUUCCCAUCGAGACAUUCCGUCCCUGGCUCCGAGGAUGGUUUCCGUUUUACAUGUUUAACACGAGACGGGGUGUCUAG